GACACAUAACAGCAUACCGACAGUGGUACUACUAAUUUGAUAACGCAGCUCGCAGCGCCGUUGCCGUCGUCGCUAGCUAGUCACGUCGACGCAUCUGCUCCCUCAUUUUGACGCUUCAGUUGAUUCGCGUAACUUCAGCCAUCCUCGACUCUAAUUUGGCCAAUAAUUUUGACUUUCCAGCUGAUCCAUCCAGCUCUGGUUCUUAGCCUCAACCUACCAAAUCACCACCCUAGUGAAUUUUCCUGUCAAUGGAUGUACGGCCGGAAAAAUCGCCGGAAAAUGUGGCUGAAACGGGGCCUCCGAGCCGACUAAGCACUUUCUUGUCACCGUACUACGUAGUUAAUCUUCUCGCCGUGCUCUCCGUUCUCCCGGUCCGAAUCGCCGUGGUGUCGGGGGACUCGUUCACCAGAGACCUUGCAGUACUGUACAAAUGGGAGCGGCACGUUCUAUUCGGCCUUCUUCUAAGUGCGUCUUACAAGUUGUGGCGAGCCAACACCACCGAAGGAGCGUUCGCCUCUAUCAUGUUCAACUCCAAGAUGAUUCUCGUGGCUCUCCUAUGGGCGGUGGAUCCUCGCAUAUGUGCCUGGUACCUCCUUGCUUUCAUGCUGAUCUUCCUUCUGUGUCCUCAGCGUUCACAAGCGUCCCCAUCAGCAUCGGACGCCUUUCUUGAGAUGAUCCCUCGCCAGCUGGAGCUGGUAGCGCCAGUGGAGAGUGCCACGUCUGCAUCCACCACACCAUGCCUUGUUAUGUUCUAUGCCAGCUGGUCCCCCCCAUGCCACCAGCACAUGUCUCUGUUCGUUGAUAUCGCCAACCAGUAUGGCAAAGGCCCCCAUAUUCACUUUGGUCGCUUGGACGUGUCUCGCUUCCCUGAUGUGGCUGAGAGGUUCGGCAUCGACACUGGCAUGUUUUCUUCUCAACUGCCCACUCUCGUCCUCUUCCACAAUGGCACCGAAGUCAACCGCCUUCCACCGCUCUCCACCAGCAGCAGCAGCAGCAACAGGUUCAGUGCCCAGCCCACACCGUUCUUCUCCCCGUCUGCCCUGGCCCCUGGGCUUUACACGCCGCCCCGGCUCACCAGAAGCAUGGUAGUGAGUGCCUUUCAGCUGGACCUAUGGCGGAUGAAGGGUGCUCUGGCGAUGGAGAAAGCAGCACAGCAGAAGGGGAGGAAGGAAGCCCAGGUGCAAGCACAGCAGCAGGAGCAGAAGGAGGAGCUGGAUCAGGGGCAGGAGCAGGAGGAGAAGAAAGAGCGGUAGUUGCAGGUAGGAGUGGCUAGAGUAGGGAGGCAGCAGAAGGGGUCUUUACACGCCACCACGGCUCACUAGAAGCAUGGUCGUGACGGUGUUUCAGCUGGACCUAUGGCAGAUGAAGGGUGCUCUGGCGAUGGAGAAACCAGCACAGCAGAAGGGGAGGAAGGAAGCCCAGGUGCAAGCACAGCAGCAGGAGCAGAAGGAGGAGCUGGAUCAGGGGCAGGAGCAGGAGGAGAAGAAAGAGCGGUAGUUGUAGGUAUGAGUGGCUAGAGUAGGGAGGCAGCAGGAGGCGUCUUUACACGCCGCCACGGCUCACUAGGAGCAUGGUAAUGACGGCGUUUCAGCUGGACGUGUGGCGGAUGAAGGGGGCUCUAGUGAUGGCGAAAAGCAGCGCAGUAGUAGGGGAGGAAGGAGGGUCAAGCGCAGGCACAGCAGCAGGAAGAACGGCAGGAGCAGGAGCAGGGCCAGGGCCAGGGGCAGGAGCGGGAGCAGGGGCAGGAGCGGGAGCAGGGGCAGGAGCGGGAGCAGGGGCAGGAGCGGGAGCAGGGGCAGGAGCGGAGCAGGGGCAGGAGGAGAAGACAGAGUGGUAGUUGAAUGAGUAGGGGAUGACAUUACAGCAGGAGGCAUCACUACACGCGGCCACAGAUCGCGAGGAUGAAGGGCGCCUUUCACAUGGAUUUAUGGAGGAUGAAGGGCGCUCUGGUGAUGGCGAAAGCAGCGCAGCAGAAGGGGAGGAAAGAGGGUCAGGUGCAGGCACAGCAGGAGAAACAGAGGCAGGAGCAGGGGCAGCAAGAGCAACAGGAGGAAGAGUAAGGUCAGGAGGGAAAGGAGGAGUGGGUAGCUACUGUUGGGGGAUGGAAUCAACUCUACUAUGAGUGGUCAGAAUCAUUGUUCUGCAAAAGGUGUCGCUGGGAGCGUGGGCUUGCGCAAAGAAGGUUGGAAGUGCGAUGAAAUGUUGCUUACUGGUUUUGUGAGUCAUGACAGUGCCAGGCCAAUCUCAGCUCAACUGCUUGGGAAAAGGGUUUUAUGCAAGUGUUUGUUAUUGUGUGAUUGUAGGCCGUGAAAGCAAGUUGUUUUGUUAUUGUUGUAAACAUUUAUGCAGUUUUCACGUUUCA